GUUCUUGUUGGAGCAGAUGAGGUGAGCCUGCCCCAGAUCUCCAUGUCCUGGUGAGUGGGGAACAAUGCAAGCCUGUGUCUACCUGGACAAGUGGAUGGACAAACUACCCAAACUGUCUAAACACAAGAACUUGUUCCCCAAAAGUGGUGAGUGUCUGGCAUGAGAUACGCACAAUUUUGUCCUUGUCAUAUGGAAAUAUGAUAUUUAUAACCUUCCGUGGAACCCUCCCAGUCUUCACAUUCACCGCCUCCCACUUUCACACCCCUUCCAUUUCAUCCAUUUUUUUGGCCACUUUAACACCCCCCCCCCUUUUACUCUCACUGUUUAUGAUAGCAUUAAACCACUUUAUUUGUUUUUAAAGCUAUGAAACAAACUGGGAUAAUAUCAAUGACACAAACAUUUGUCCUUGUCAUAUGGAAAUAUGAUAUUUAUACCCUUCCGUGGAACCCUCCCAGUCUUCACAUUCACCGCCUCCCACUUUCACCCCCCUUCCAUUUCAUCCAUUUUUUUGGCCACUUUAACCCCCCCCCCCCCCUUUUACUCUCACUGUUUAUGAUAGCAUUAAACCACUUUAUUUGUUUUUAAAGCUAUGAAACAAACUGGGAUAAUAUCAAUGACACAAACAUGAUAAAAUUAAUUACCAUUCUCCCACAGCUACCCCGGGAGAAGGUCACAUUCUCUGUAAGAUCUGUGGAGACAAGGCCUCUGGCUUCCAUUAUGGCGUAUUUUCAUGUGAGGGUUGCAAGGUGAGACGUUGUGGAAUCUGACCAUCACUUGUGUCAACUCUGACCAUCACUUGUCCAGAUUCUGACCAUCACUUUCUGGACUCUGACCAUCACUUGCCUGGACUCUGACCAUCACUUCUCUGGACGCUGACCAUCACUUCUCUGAACUCUGAUCAUCACUUCUCUGAAUGCUGACUGUCACUUCUCUGAACUGUGACAAUCAUUUGCCUGGUCUCUGACCGUCACUUGUCUGGACUCUGUAUCUCAAAGCUUCCCCUUUGUACUAACCACUCUUGCGACAUUAUCACAUUGGAAGAAAUAACGUAAAAGUCCAUGUUUUUAAUUAUUAGCUUUAUCAAAGUAGCCUCCAAAAUAUCUCCUACACCAUUCCCAGGGUUUCUUUCGUCGCACCAUUCGCCAUCAGCUGACCUAUAAACCGUGCGACACCCCAAGCCAGUGUCUGAUUAUGAGAAUCAGCCGGAAUCGUUGUCAGUACUGCCGGCUCCAGAAAUGUAUUUCUUCGGGGAUGUCACAUGAAGGUAAUUCGGACUGUAGUCCAUUCACUUAAGGCCUUGCUGCUAACUGUUUGAUUUAAUAACCCCCCACCCCUUUUUCCCUUAGUGUUACCACUGUGAUGCUAUGAGAGCACUUUAUACUGCUAACUGAGAGGAGUUACACAUUUCUGCCUGGCCUGUGCCCAACUGAAUCAACUGGGAUGAGAUGACUUGUUAGUUUUAAGUAAAGCAUCUGGGAUGACAUGACCUGUUAGUCAAGUAAAGCAGUUGGGAUGAAAUGACUUGUUGGUCAAGUAAAGCAGUUGGGAUGACAUGACUUGUUGGUCAAGAAAAGCAGUAGGGAUGAAAUGACUUGUUAGUCAAGUAAAGCAGUUGGGAUGAAAUGACUUGUUGGUCAAGAAAAGCAGAGGGGAUGAGAUGACUUGUUAGUCAAGAAAAGCAGUAGGGAUGAAAUGACUUGUUAGUCAAGAAAAGCAGUAGGGAUGAAAUGACUUGUUAGUCAAGUAAAGCAGCUGGGAUGAAAAUCCUCAUGCACCAAAGACAGCAAAUAACUUAAGAGUGGGGUUAAAAAUGAACAGUUAAAGAAAAGAAUGGAUGUAGUCUUGCUCAUUACUCGUGUCAGAAAUGGCAGGUUAAUCUGAUUUCAAAUGAUUUUCAACAUACAGCCAUGAAAAUGCGCCAAUAAAAAAUGUACCUUUUAAAUGCUAAAUAAAAAAUAUUUUGCAAUAGAUAAAAAAAAAAAAAAAAAAAAAAUUAAUAUUAAAUUUCCUAUUCCUAGCUGUCAGACUGGGCAGGUGCCCUAAGAAAUCCCGGCCCUCAAGUAGCAGUUUUUUUAUGUUGCCCCAAACACAACACGGUCACGUUGACCUGGAUAGACAGGUAAAUAUCUUUUUUACUUGACAUCUCAGUGUCAAGAAGGACAUAUAUAUAUAUAAAUAAGUCUGAAAGGACAUACUAGUUGAUGGGCAAAUUUUAACAUAUCUGUUUUUAUUUCAGUAAAGAAUUGUAUUGAUGAUGCAGUGAACCAUUUAGCUUUUUGUUUAUGGACAGUGAUUUAAAAAAAAAAAAAAAAAAUUGUUUUUUGAAUGAGUAAUUUAAAAAAAAAUAACAAGUUUAUACUUUAAAAAAAAAAAAAAAUUUAAGGUUGAAGACAGAACAAAUGGUGCUGUACAUACAUGAAUCGUAUAGAUCUGCGGUGCUGGCGUACGGCUCAGACUCGGACGCCGACGUCUUAUCCCUGGAGGUACAGACUUGAUUUCAGCAUUUUAAAAUUCCUAAAAAUAUUGAUAUAAAAUGGUAUUUAACUUGACCGCCGUUGGUUUUAUGGGCCUGCCUCAUUAUUAAUUUAAGUGGCUGUAGUAUAAUUAUAAUUAAACAACACCGCAAAAAAUAUACCCCCCCCCCCCGUUUAAAGCCUUUAUUUCCCUUUUUUUUUUGCUACUUUUUUCUUUUUUUUUGUUUAUUCAUUUUUUUUUUUUUUGUAAUUUAUUUUUUUUUUUUAAAAAAAUUCCCCCCCCCCCCCCGUAUAAAGCCUUUAUUUGCAUUUUUGAUUUGCAUCUAUGUUCAUUGUAUGUGAUUGAUCAUUUCUGUGAUUGUAGCAACUGAUUUUUUUUAAUGGGGGAUGAUUCUGAGCAAACAGUACAUGUAAAGAGAUCUUUAGGCUUCACCUGACUGGCAAAGGGGGUCCAUUGGAAAGAAAGAAAAAAACUAAAAACAAACAAGCUUAGAACCUUUGGUCUGGUGGCUUUUACUAUGCAACCCCAAGAAAGUAGCAAAUAUUGACUUGAAUUAAUCUUUGGCCCUAACCUUAGUUGUAAACAGUAAGUUGACCAAAUUUUUUUUUUCUUCAAAAACUGAAUUCUAAAUCAGUGCAAAGAUGACCUGGUGAGUUGGAAAAAAAAAAGGCAGAGCUUCCUAAGACACGACAUAAUACACAUAAUACGUCACAAUUGUGUGGAUGUACAACUUGGUUAUAAAAUUAUCAAAUGGUUUAGUUGUUAAUUUAAAAAAAAAAUAUAAAAAAUAUUUUAACAAAAUAAUCUCAAAAGAUGAUCAAAUCAUUUGUUCACAUUUUAGUGGUGGUUUUUUUGGUAUCCUCUCUAAUACAUGUAUUAGCACAUAAAUGUCCACUGACAGCCCAACUUGUCCUCUCCAAUGACAGCCCAACUUGUCUUCUCAACAGACAGCCAAACUUGUCCACUCCACAGACAGCCAAACUUGUCCACUCCACUGACAGUCAAACUUGUCCUCUCCACAGACAGCCCAACUUGUCCUCUCAACAGACAGCCAAACUUGUCCACUCCACAGACAGCCAAACUUGUCCACUCCACUGACAGCCCAACUUGUCCACUCCACUGACAGCCCAACUUGUCUUCUCCACAGACAGCCCAACUUGUCCACUCCACUGACAGCCCAACUUGUCUUCUCCACAGACAGCCCAACUUGUCCAACCCCUCUGACAGCCCAACUUGUCUUCUCCACAGACAGCCAAACUUGUCCACUCCACUGACAGCCCAAAUUGUCUUCUCCACAGACAGCCCAACUUGUCAACUUCACUGACAGCCAAACUUGUCCACUCCACUGACAGCCCAACUUGUCCACUCCACUGACAGUCAAACUUGUCCUCUCCACUGACAGCCAAACUUGUCCUCUCCACAGAGAGCCGAACUUGUCCACUCCACUGACAGCCAAACUUGUACAAUCCACUGACAGCCAAACUUGUCCUCUCCACAGAGAGCCGAACUUGUCCACUCCACUGACAGCCCAACUUGUCCACUCCACUGACAGUCAAACUUGUCCUCUCCACUGACAGCCAAACUUGUCCUCUCCACAGAGAGCCGAACUUGUCCACUCCACUGACAGCCAAACUUGUACAAUCCACUGACAGCCAAACUUGUCCUCUCCACAGAGAGCCGAACUUGUCCACUCCACUGACAGCCCAACUUGUCCACUCCACUGACAGUCAAACUUGUCCUCUCCACUGACAGCCAAACUUGUCCUCUCCACAGAGAGCCGAACUUGUCCACUCCACUGACAGCCAAACUUGUACAAUCCACUGACAGCCAAACUUGUCCUCUCCACAGAGAGCCGAACUUGUCCACUCCACUGACAGCCCAACUUGUCCACUCCACUGACAGUCAAACUUGUCCUCUCCACUGACAGCCAAACUUGUCCUCUCCACAGAGAGCCGAACUUGUCCACUCCACUGACAGCCAAACUUGUCCACUCCACUGACAGCCAAACUUGUCCUCUCCACAGAGAGCCGAACUUGUCCACUCCACUGACAGCCCAACUUGUCCACUCCACUGACAGUCAAACUUGUCCUCUCCACUGACAGCCAAACUUGUCCUCUCCACAGAGAGCCGAACUUGUCCACUCCACUGACAGCCAAACUUGUCCACUCCACUGACAGCCAAACUUGUCCAAUCCACUGACAGCCAAACUUGUCCAAUCCACUGACAGCCAAACUUGUCCACUGACACUCCACUGACAGCCAAACAUGUCCUCUCCACUGACAGCCCAACUUGUCUUCUCCACAGACAGUUGAAAGGUGCCAGCAGAGCUUUCCCAUAACAUUUUACACUCAGUACAUUCCGUCCGUGGUGCGCUUCAUCACGACCAUGGCCAAGAAGAUCCCCCAGUUCCUGGACAUCAGCUUGGCUGACCAGCGGGCAUUGAUCAAAGGUUGUAUUCUGGAGGUGAGCCUUCAAAACAAUCGUAACAAAUCAUCCCUGUCUGUGCGGAGCCUGACGGCUGCUUGUUACAAACUAGGAGUCAAAAACAAGCGGGGCCCACUCCGUUACCUGUCUUUGUUACCUGCCAAUGUUACCUAACUCCAUUACCUGUCAAUCUUACCUGUCUGCAUUAACUGUCAAUGUUACCUGUCAAUGUUACCUGUCAAUGUUACCUGUCUCUGUUACCUGUCUCCAUUAAAUGUCAAUGUUACCUGUCUCCGUUAACUUUCAAUGUUAUAUGUCACCGAUACCUGUGAAUGUUACCUGUCCCUAUUUUAGCAAGAGGGUAUUCAUUAAAUUAAACUGGAUGUUCUAUAGAAAGAAAGUAUUUUUUUAGAAGGAUUAAGAGCUUGUUUCUAUCUGUAUCUUAUAUCUAUGUGUAAAAUAUUUCUAUCUGUAACUUAUGUCUGUCUGUAACUUAUUUCUAUCCGUAACUUAUUUCUAUCUGUAACUUAUGUGUACCACAUUUCUAUCUGUAACUUAAUUCUGUCUGUAACUUAUUUCUAUCCGUAACUUAUUUCUAUCUGUAACUAUUGUGUACCACAUUUCUAUCUGUAACUUAUUUCUGUCUGUACCACAUUUCUGUCUGUACCACAUUUCUGUCUGUAACUUAUUUCUAUCCGUAACUUAUUUCUAUCCGUAACUUAUUUCUAUCUGCAUAUUGAAUUGAUGUAUUGCAGAUUGCUUUCAUUCACAACACGGCCCACGUCAAGUUAGAGGAGGAUCUAUGGACUGACGACAAGCUCAGCUUCAGCCUUUCUUAUACAAAGUAA